AACGCUGAACCAACAGUUCGAAAGUGAAAGUACCAAGAUAAGGCUCAACUUCAGUAACAUUUGUAUUUAUUAUAAUGCCAGUGGAUACAAAUGGUCCUGGCAAAGAUCUUUCAAAUUGCUGGCUCUGUGUAUUUGUUUUAUGUUUUAACAUAUAUACCGAGCAUAAUUUGUUCAAAAUUAGAACCUAAUGAAUACAGCAAGCAGAAUCUGAACGGAAUCCGAAUACGUACUCACUACAUGGCCAUCGAGUUCGGCGAAGAAGACCAAAAAAAGCUAAAAGAUGCUUUGGGUAGUGUCAUCAGAAGAAUAUCCACCAUACUUAAAGUAAUUCCAAUUGAAGGACAUUUAGUGUUGAAAAGAAAAGGAGGGUGCUUUAAACAAUGGACAUAUGGGAAAAACAAGAAAAGAUGUAGAUUUUAUGACAGGAAGUACCCUGCCAUUGGAGAGCUCUGUAAUGAUGAGAUUCAGAUUCCCAAUGCACACCUAUCAGAGCUGUCAGUGUGGGGAGAGACAGAGGACGUGCCUCUGGAUGUGAGGUACCCCCAAGGAGAGGGUCUGGCAGACACAGAUUUUCUGGUGUAUAUCCAAGCAGUCAGCUCCACUUCUUGCUUACAGGGUGGUUCCAUAUUGGCACAUGCUUCCUAUUGUUACCAAGACAACAGAGGACGCCCAGUAGCAGGGUACAUCAACGUCUGUCCUCAGAAGAUGCCAAGCUUUGCGCUGGACAGAAUCAAAAUGAUUUUACUUCAUGAAAUGCUACAUGCACUUGGAUUCACAAAACGCCUGUUUGAAGAUUUCAGACAAUGCUCAUUAAAAGAUGAUUUAUAUGGUCUUUGUAACAACUCGCAAAUCAGGAACAACCCUGUACGGACAGUAAAUGGGGUCUCACGGCUUUUAACACCAGCUGUCAAAAGGGAGGCCAUGAGGCACUUUAAUUGUCAGGAAGAUAAGUUUGGACCAGCUCUGCAGGAAGAGAGAGGUGUACUAUCUCACUGGGACAGUUACCAGAUGUUUGGCUCUAUCAUGACUCCUAGUCCUGGUCCGCCACAUCUGAGCUUCCUUGACCGGAUGACCAUGGCCGUUUUUGAGGACAGUGGGUGGUAUGAGGUCAAUUACAGUCAGGCCGACGUUUAUCACUGGGGCGAAGGUGAAGGGUGCAAACUGAAUUCCACAGAACAUGCCUGUAUUCCAGGAGAACUUGGUUGUCAUUUUCUACACAAAGAUAAAGCAGUUUGUAAAUUCAUCACUAAGGGAGACUACCCAGUUUUUAUCCCAGAUCCAGGGAUGGAGUGUUCAAAACAAGACAACUCGAGUGUUACAUCUAGUUUGGAGAUCUACUCUAGUCAGAGUCUGUGUUUCAUAUCAAACCUAACAACACAGAAUGCUUCUCUGAGAAUGACGGGACAGUGUUAUCAUCACCAGUGUGUAAAUGGUGUGUUACAUGUCAAACUGAGGAGUACAGGAUGGAUGGAAUGCCCAUAUGGAAAAUUUAUCCAGGUGGAGAAUCUAACGGGUGUAAUUCUUUGUCCAUCUAGAAAAGACAUUACAUGCCCUGAUGAUGUCAGUGGCUUAUCAAGCAUUUCAACGUCAACAGUAUCAACUCUAGCGUAUGUCCAAAGAACAACACCAGCCUCACUCUUUCACGCUUCAGAUGCUUCAUGUUCAAACGCUUAUAUCAGUUUGAUUGUUAUUUUUAUGCAUUUUGUACUUUCAGUAAUAUAAACUCUUUACACAAACAAA